CCCGCUGCCGUGCUCUCGCGGGCGGCGGGGCUGGCCUCCGCUUGCGUCUCUGCGCUGCGCGUGUUCGCUCUGAUCGGCUCCGGGCUGCUGGUGCAGCGGUGCCAGGUGCUCCCCGCCCAGCUGGCGGCCAAGUUCCGGAACGUGUGCUUCAAGGUGCUGAUGCCAGCGUUCCUGAUGCGGGCCGUGUGGAUCGUCCAGAUGGACAGCUCGCUGUACACGAUUGCUGCUGUCAGCACGGUCGUCCACGCCGCCUGGUUCUUGGUGGCCCUGGCUAUGGCGCGCUCGUUGGCGCCGGACCAGCGCCACAGGCAGGGCUGGCUCAUGCUGAUGAGCCAAGGCGGCAUGCUGUCCUUCCUGUACCCGCUGCUGCUCUCGACGCCGCACCUGGCGGAGAGGUCGCUUGCAUGCGCCGUGCUGUGGGACAUGGGGGGCAACGUGUGGAUCUGCCAGGGCGGCCUCUAUGGCAUCGCGGAGCAUUUCUGCGGCGAUGCUCACACCGCCGAGGCGUCAUCCGACGUCGAGAUGGCACAGGUGUCGCCGGCCAUCAGAGGUCAGGAGGCGGACCUGAAGGACAGGGCGGGCGGCAAGGGUGCAGAUGGCGCAGUCCAGGGCGUGCCACGCAGCAGCGCGGCGGGCGCGGGCGGUGGCUGGAAGGCGACGAAGGCGGUGUUAAGGCAGCCGCUGCUGCACAUCUGCAUGUCUGCGCUCCUGAUGAAUGCCAUGGGCGUGCGGAUACCAGCCGUGCUCGACGCCACCCUGUGGGCCGCGGGCGCGCCCUUCAAGCCCGGCAUGUACUUCCUAGUGGGCUACUACGGCAACCUCGCGCUCAACAAGGCCGACCUGAUCGUGAUAGCACAGGCACUCGGUAGCCGGUACGCGACCGCCACUGUAAUAGCGCUCAUGGUGUGGACGAUGCCCAUCGAGCGUAUCUUCCGGGAGACCAUCACCUUGGCGCUGUACUCGCCGAUGACGUCAAACGUUAUGCAGAUCGUCGCCGACAUAGGGACAGAACAGCAGCUGAGGCUGACGAAUGUGCUCGUCGGCGUCUUCGCGAUGCUGCACGCAGCGGAUGCGGGAGUCCUGUAG